GAUACAGUCGUGGAUUGCAUUGGAUAUCAUGUUCUGAUGUUGUAUAAGUUAAAAUGAAUAUUCUCAAUCGCUGUAAGAAACUGGCGCCACCGGUAUUUAAAAGUAGCGUUUUACUGGAGCAAACGGGAGGUUUUAGAAGUGUCUGUUUUGCCUCGAAAGCUCGUUGCCACAGUCCGUGUUGGCUUCGACGUUUUACAGCAAACUCAUGUCAACGUUGGCGUCAUGUAGACACCAGUCACUUACACACAAAAAGGAUUUAUUCGGAAACUUGUAGCGAAAGUAGCAGCUCAAAGAGCAGCACUGGCGUGUUUCAAGAGGAGGGACAUGAGAUGGACAGAGACAGCAGCCGAAGAUCCCCUGAGACGUUCACUCUGGACGUGCUGGUGUCUCUGCUGCGUCAGGAAAACGCUGUAGACAUCUGUGUGAUUAAAGUACCGGAGCAGAUCAAAUACACAGAGUACUUCAUUGUUGUCAGUGGCCUAUCAGUGAGACACCUCAGCGCAAUGGCACUUUAUGCCAUCAAAGUGUACAAGUUUCUGAAGAAAGAGGGAGACCCAAAUGUCAAGAUUGAAGGAAAGGAUGCAGAGGACUGGAUGUGUAUUGACUUCGGAAACAUGGUUGUUCACUUCAUGCUACCAGCGACCAGAGAAGUGUAUGAACUGGAGAAACUGUGGACUCUCCGCACCUAUGAUGAGCAGCUGAGGAGCAUGCCUGCUGAGACGCUACCAGAAGACUUCAUAUAUGAUGCUGAAGUCACAAAGUGAUGAGACCAGACAUAUCAUCUAAGCUGUGAACAGACUACUACUUUGACUUUGGAUGUAUCCUUUUCUGUCUCUGUGAGUAGAAAGAAAAGGUACUUUUUUGUCAAUUAAACCUUUGGACAAAAAACCAACAUGUUCGGAGCUGAGAAAUUUAAAUGGAUUGAUCACUCACACAACAGCUGUGCCGUAGGAAUACCUGCCCCCAUCAUACUGAUUAAUUGUAAACCUUUAUCUUUCUUUUUUAUGUAAUUUGACCAUUACAGGGCAUCAGAUGGUAUUUGUAAAAUGAGUGUUUGAAUGAUUUUUGAGUCUGCUGAAGUAAAUACAGUAUGUAUGUUUUAACAUGAUCUGAUGGUUGAAAAUAAAUUAUUUUAUUACCAUUCCAGA